AUGGCGGUGUCUCCCCCAGGUCCUCUGGGGAGCACCCUCAGCGCCCGCUACGGCGCGCGCCCGGUUGUGAUGGCUGGCGGCUUUCUGUCCAGCGUGGGGCUGUUCCUGGCGUCCUUCUCCACCGGCCUGGUCCACCUUCACCUCACCAUCGGUCUUCUCACAGGUCUAGGUUGGGCCCUGGUCUUCACACCUUCGGUGGCCGCCGUGUCCCACUACUUCGAUAAGCGGCGGACGCUGGCCAUGGGCCUGGCUGUCUCGGGGGCCGGCGUCUCCUCGUUGGCCUUCUGCCCAUUCUUCCAGUAUCUUCUGGACUCCUACGGAUGGCGGGGGGCGCUUCAGAUCGUGGCAGCGAUGUCUCUGAACCUGGUGGUGUCCGGCGCGCUGUUGCGCCCGUUGGCUGUAGAGGAUGCUCAACCCAACGCCGACAAGGACGGGGGCGUCCGCCAGGAGCAAAGGACCCUCACCUCCUCCUUCUUCGCCCUGGAGCUGCUCCAUCACGGACCCUUCCUGCGCUACGUCUUGGUUUUCGUCCUGGUGGACAUGGGUUACUUCGUGCCCUACGCACACCUGGUGGCUUAUGCGCGGGACGUGGGCUGCGGAGAGUACGACGCCGCUUCCAUCAUGUCGGUCGCCGCCGUGUCAGACAUGGUGGGUCGCGUCUUUGCCGGGUGGUUGGCGGACGCCCGGGUCUUCUCACGUUCGGUCCACGACCUGACCCUCUGGAUAGCCUUGACGGGUAUCUGCCUGGCCCUCGUGCCCCUCGGACACAGUUUGGCGACCCUGAUGCCCCUCGGCCUCUGCUACGGUUUCUUCGCCGGCGCUCUAGUCCCGUUGCAGUUCACCAGCCUGGUGGAGAUCGUGGGCGCCCGCUACGUGAUGGCGGGCAUCGGGUACAUGCACAUGCUGGAGAGUACGGGGGCCCUGGUGGGCACACCUAUUUCAGGUUGGCUGAGGGACAUCACAGGGACCUUCACCGCGUCCUUCAUCUGCGCCGGAGUUGUCCUCUUGGCUGCCAGCCUGGUUCUUCCCACCCUGCCCGACUACUUCUCCUGUUCAAGGGCACCCAAAGCCCAUCGUCCUGGUCCGGCCGAGCCCCGAGGUCCCAAGAGCCUGGAAUCCAGAGGGGCGGCCGAAGAAGGCAGAGACCUUUCCCGGAUAGAAACUGGUUAGUUCACUCCGACGACCCAACGGGAGUGAAGUCUCGGCCACAAGUCUUGGUACGUCCUGCUGGUCGGGAGAAGCAGCACUG